CACUGAACCUGCAGGUGGGCGCCCGGAGCAUGUGCUGAGACGACUACAUCUGUUCACAUAUUGCCAGCGAGUUGGAAAAGCACCUGACCUAAAAAAUACUGUUACAGGCGGUAGCACAGUGCAGUACUUCAUAAUUUCUAGCAGUUGCAGUGACUUUAGAUUGAGACGAGGACCUCUGAUUUUGCGAGAAUGCGUUCUGCUGCGAUCUUAACGGCAGUCCUUCUGUCGCUUCUCCAUCAAGUGAGUGCGUUGGAGAAUAUUAGCAGUCAGUAUGGAGACACCAUCAGCGUCCCCUGCAGCCCUGGAGACACGCCCUCUCAAGACAUCUUCAUGAUCAAGUGGAAAUACGAUAAGGAGGAUGGCACUUCUGGUGACCUUCUGGUGAAGAGGCAGGGACACAAUGCCACCAUCACUGCCCCGGAGGAGUUCACGGGCAGACUGUCCAUCGGCGAGGACAACAGUCUCCUAAUCGCCAACGGAGUCCUCUCCGACCAGAGGACCUUCACCUGCAUGAUCGUCAUGGCGUCGGACAUCACAGAGCUCGCAGUAGAGGUGUUCAUCCACAGUGAGUAAAGUUCCCAGUGCUCC